AUGUCCUCAAAAGCCAUGUAUUUCAGGGACCUUCCAUGGGCCCAGGAUCUGAGCUUGCCCCUGUUCAUGCAGGCCUGGGGGCUCUCCCUCCUGGGCCCCUAUCUGCCCACAAGCCUCUCCCCAGCUCCCUGCACCAUCAUCGACCAGUGCCAGGGCCUGUGGGGAGGCACCCUGAGCCUGUGCCUUCCUCUUCUGCCUCCUUCCAUGACAACUAGAGGCUCCCCAUGUCAGAAAGUGGGGCCCACCCCUCCGUGCCCCAAGAAUCCCCGAGAGGGCGUCAGGGCUCUGUCACCUGAGACCUUGAAGGCCUUUGAGAUUAUGCACGAACCCUUCAUAUGCAGUCAGGCCUCCACCUUGUGA